AUGAAAUUCGCACACGAUUUCAAGCAGAAUCUUGCCAGCCAGGAUUUUCCACCGCACUGGGUUGAGCGAGCAAUUCCCUACAGCCAAUUGAAGAAAUGCCUUAAGAAAGUCCAACGCGAACUUCAAGACUUGGGUCUGGACCAGGAAACCCUGCGCGCUCUUCUGACUGCCGAAGAAACGGCACCAGUCGCUCUCCAGUAUAAACUACGGGAGUCGGGAUCCAAAUUCGUGCGCCCCAAGCUCACCGUCAAUGUCCACCUUCGUGACGGCGUCGCCGUUGACGCCUCUUUAACUCCAACGUCGAGAGGCUUCCUCGAGAAGCUGGCGAGCGAGAUUUUAGACGAACAUGAACGCGAAUCACUAGCCCAAAUACGAGCGAGCCGACAAACCGACCGUGAGACUACUACCGACGCAAACAAUGGCGUUAGCAAUGGUGACAGCAAUGGCGACAACGGCAACUACGAAACCAUCCAAGUCCCGCUCGUGUUUGAUGCUGAAUUCUUCGAUAUGCUACAAUCUGAUGUCAACGAGCUGGACGCCUUGCAGGCAGAAGAGCAAAAACAGUUGACUGCCGAGAUCACCGAGCUCUCGAAAGAAGUUUCCGCCGCGUCCCGGCCCAGUCGCUUUUCCAAGAGCGACCUGGCGCGCUGGCGUGAGAUAUUCGAAUUAUAUCUAGACUCGAACGUCUUCUUCGCAACCCAAGAAUGCGACCAUGGCGCAAGAAGCAGCCAAAGAGCUCUUAAUCAACUUCAAUGGUUCCAGAAUGAAGUUGAGAAUCGCAAUCUGGCACGCAAAUUCAAAGUGCCACAAAGUCGCCAGGCCUUCUCCAGGUUUCUGCAGUUAAAUGCUAGCCUUCUCAAGAAUCUUCAAUUUGAAGAGCUCAACAAACUUGCAGUAUCCAAGAUUCUAAAGAAGUUUGAUAAGAGAACGGCGUUUGGCGUCUCUAAAUCGUUCCCCAAGGUGAUCUUCUCCAAAGGUCUUCUUGCUGGUAGCAUUGCCAAAGAUGUGUGCGCUUCCAUGUCUCAGGAGCUAGUUUCAGUUGUACCACAGAUCAACGACUACCUCUGCCCGGUCUGCUUCUCUGUGGCUUAUAGGCCUAGGCGCAAGGAGACCCAUUGCCCACUCUGCAGAGCUGAUGUAGUGAUGUCUGCAUCUGCCGACAACCUCGACCAUCGGUUGGAGAAGUACCUGGAGAAGUAUUUCCCGAAGGAGGUGAAGGAAAAACAAAGGUCGAACGACAUAGAACGCGGCAUUGAAGAUUAUGGACCUGGUUAUAAGCACCAGGACUGUCUCGUGAUGUGA